AUGACACCACCUGAGAACGAGUUACUGUGGUACCACGUGAGGUCCUUCAUGACACCACCUGAGAACGAGUUACUGUGGCACCACGUGAGGUCCUUCAUGACACCACCUGAGAACGAGUUACUGUGGCACCACGUAAGGUCCCUCAUGACACCACCUGAGAACGAGUUACUGUGGCACCACGUGAGGUCCCUCAUGACACCACCUGAGAACGAGUUACUGUGGCACCACGUGAGGUCCCUCAUGACACAACCUGAGAACGAGUUACUGUGGCACCACGUGAGGUCCCUCAUGACACAACCUGAGAACGAGUUACUGUGGCACCACGUGAGGUCCCUCAUGACACAACCUGAGAACGAGUUACUGUGGCACCACGUGACCUGA